AUGGCCAGUGGUAACCUGGAGUCUAUAGACAAGGUCAUCAUUGAUGGAGUCAUGGAUGAGUCUGAAGACUUGGGUGAAAGGUUUGUAACUUUAUGUUCUUCGUUUUUUGAGUAUUUAAUUCAUAGUCAGAAUAGACAUUGCAUAAAGCGAUUCAAGCUAGAUACAAUGAGGGAAACAAUCUCAUAACUGACCAUUUCUGCAAAUUGGGAAAAGUUGUGUGUUGAUCUACUGUAAUUUGCCAUAAAAUGUAGAAUAUAAAAAUGACAUAAAAAAGCCUGUAUUUCUACAUUGUACAUCCAAUGAUCCAAUCAGCUGAAGUAUGUAUUGAUUUUAUGGGGAAAACCUGCUUCAGCAAACUCUAUUCUUUAUAAUGUACUGUAUUAAUGUAUUAAUGUAUCAAUCUAUUGCCAAAUAGGCAAUUAGGCAAAUACUAAUAGAAGUGUUCUUUUUUGUUUUUUAGUUCUGCUUCUGUCAAACCAGCACCUAUUAUGUAAGUUUUUUCUAUAGUAAAAUUUUUACAUUCGGUUUUGAGUGCAAUUUAGGUGGAAGGCAUCAAGCAUGUACGAUUACCGAUUACGAGUGUCGAAUAAUAUAAAUGAAGGCACACACUUUUAAUAGGUAAUUAAACAUCUUUGUGAUUUUCAUAUUUGUACAAUUGUACUCACCUAGCAUUUUUUCCUUUGCUUGUCUGAGUGCAAUUAAACCUUAAAACUCUUUUGCAGCAGGUCCAUUACGCGUAGAACGUGCACGUUCUACGGAUGUUUCGUUUAUAUCUUCGGUUCAGUACACGCUAUGUCGAUGAAAAUACCGCCAUUCGAUUCAGUAUAAAAAUAUAUACUAAUUUAUAACGACAGUUUUAGUGACUGGCUACAUUGUAGCGAUUUAUAAGCUUUGAAAGUCAAACGGGCUUAAAUAUGAUCAAAUUACGCAAUAUUACUAACAAAUUAUAAACAUAGACAUACCUUUCGCCGAACAUAACUUCGGCCCCUUGAGACGUAUGCUCAUUCUUGUAUUCUUGGUCAAUGAAGCAGUUAAAAAUAACACGUAUAGUGUUAUUUUCAAGCUUCUAUCGUUAAAACGUGAGUUUUCUUGCAGAAUUUUGCAUUUCUGCCCGAAUUUGCGUUAAUCCCAAACCGGAAAUACGACGAAAAACCGUCAAAACAAUGCGUAGUUUGUAUCGCGUGACUCUAGAAAUGCCAGAAAUGGCUUCUACAGGUCAAAGUGCACCCAUACGCGUGAGUUUGACGUCAUCCCGGCUAAAGGGAGCUCCUUAUUGGCCAAGUAUUACGUAAUACAAGUGCGUGCGAGUAAAACCCGAUACCUUGAAAAAUUCAAAAUAAAUAUUUCUACUCGCCGUAUUCACACGAAACUUUCUACACUAAAGCGCUUGAAUACAAAGAGUAUUUUGCACAUAUAUCCUUUCAGAAAAUGACGCCAAAUUUUAGAAUAUAUUCAACUUUUUCUCUUUUUCCCGUUUGAAUGUUUGGCGAAGCUGUGAGUAUAAAUAUAUGAUUGUUUUGGUUUGUGUAAUGUUUUGACGGCACUUGACCCCCCGUUCGAAAGGUUAUAUUGUGAGGAUUUCAAUGGUGGCAUUUAUUUCAAAGGGGGGUAAAUACUCGCCGAGAUAUUUAUAUUAGAAAAAUUGAAUCGAAAUGUAAUACGAAACCGGUUGUUAAGUUCUCUGUUCACUGUUCUCUUUAUUUAUGUUUUGUAAUGUAUAAUGUAUUCAGCUGGCAUAAUUCACAUAAUUCACAGUACUGUAGUACAGUAUUACUAAGCCAGUAAACUGUUCAUAAAGUUAAAGGUUUUACAAUGGCUUUGGUAAUUUUAACUGCCAUGUUGACUUGUCUAGUUUCCAGUCUCUGUUCUCUUUUUGUUAACUUAUUUCGUAGCUAAUUUAUACAAAUUGCAUUCCAAGCAUUCUAUAGUAGAUUAAACUUCACGCUAUAUAUUCAAGACUCUAGUUUUAAAAACAAUUGUAUUAAUGGUUUUGUACUUCUUUAAUAUGGAAGCGAUAAGGCACCGUUAGGUGUGCUACAUGUAUUUUCUCACGUUUUUAACGUUUGAAAGUUGGAAAAUUCGUCCAAAAACGUUGAACUAGCGCCGUGAUUUUGACAAGGUUCCAUUUUGUUUACUGUGUUUCAAACAGUUUUUUCCGAAUUUUUUCCCGGUUUUUCGGGGUUUUUUUGCCCAGAACAACAUCGGCUUAAAUUAAUCAGUUUUCAAAAACAUCGUUUUUUUCAGGUUUAUCGAUUAACCGCCUCACCCUAUGUAAAACAGUAAUACACUUGUUCUGAAAACAUUUUCAAUUGCAUAUUGAAAACGUUUAUAAAACAAACUUUGUCAUUGACUAGUUUUAACAUUUCUAUUGCAACAGUGAACCAACUGUGAGUGGAGGUUCUUUCGAUGACACCAACACCCAAACCAAGAUUGGUAGUACUCCCUCUCGUAGCCAGCACAGCUAUCAAAGCUCGUUGGAAAGUUUUCUUCCUCCCACUCCGGAAAAUGAGAAAGGUGAUAUACCUUUUGCUCUUGAUGCAAUAGCAGAGAAAGUUGCGUCUGAAGUGGUGCGAAAACUUAACAAUUUUGGUAAGGGAAAACAAACAGCAGCCACAUUUAAUCCCCUGUCGACCACUUCGUUAAAUGCAGGUAAUUUGCUUGAAUGCCUGGAUGAAAUUCCAGAUUUUGAGUUAAUUGGCGAGGAGAACAGCCGGGUAUUGCGGUGCUGCAGUUGUGCUGAGUUUUUAUCUUCUCCUGUUUCGUCUUCGUUUCGCCGACCAUCUGGAAAAGCAGGUGGGUCUUUGGCAACAGGCUUACAAUUGUCAAACGACGUCUACGAUCAAUUAGUUGCUGGUAAGUGCGAAAAAUGGUACCACCAGAAAGAGAGAAUGAUCAACCAUCUUGCUUCCAAAACUCACAGCAACGCAGUUGAUUUCAUGAAGACUGUAAAAGCAGGCAAAUCGAGGGAGAUUGUCGUCGUCAAAAACCAACUCCGCGCAGCCAUUGGAAUCGUUAAAACCAAGUCUGCUGCCAUUCAGUACGAGGAAAGAAUUGCUGAGCUUCAAGCGGCAGGUGCGGAUGUCGGCCAUUCACGAAAGCUCUUUCCGGCAAUGUUAUCGGCGGCGUGUGCCUACAUCGACUAG